AUGCCCCAGAGAAAUAACUGCCUUGGUGAGUCCGGUGCCGGGAAGACUGAGAACACCAAGAAGGUUAUCGCCUACUUCGCGACUGUCGGUGCCAGCCAGACUGCCGGGGAAGCUGACCCUUCGGCCAAGAAGGUCACCCUGGAGGACCAGAUCGUGCAGACCAACCCUGUACUGGAGGCCUUCGGUAACGCCAAGACCGUCAGGAACAACAACUCCUCCCGUUUCGGAAAAUUCAUCCGAAUCCAUUUCGACCAGAAGGGUAUCCUGGCCGGAGGCGACAUCGAGACUUAUCUUCUCGAGAAAUCUCGCGUGAUCGCACAACUUCCCGGAAUGGAGCGAGGCUACCAUAUUUUCUUUCAGCUCAUGUCGAACGGUAUCCCCGGCACUGUAGACCGUCUGCUGCUGAAGAAAGACCCGUCGUUCUACCGCUUCGUGAAGGAGGGUGUGUACGACGUGGCGGGCCUGGACGACGGGGAGGAGUUCCGCGCCACGGACGAGGCCUUCGACAUCCUGAACUUCGCCGCCGACGAGAAGGAGAACAUCUACAAGAUGUGUGCCGCCAUCCUGUGGUUCGGCAACAGCAGGUUCGCACAGAGGGGCGAGCAGGGAGAACUGGAGAGCAUUGAGGAGAUGCAGAAGGUCGGUCGUCUGUUUGGCAUCGACGCUGACGAGUUCGGUAACGCCAUCUGCAAACCGCGUGUGAAAGUUGGAGCGGAGUUCGUCACCAAGGGUCAGACUGCAGACCAGUGCAUGAACGCAGUGGGAGCACUGUCCAAGUCCGUGUACGAUAGGGUCUUUAGGUUCAUUGUCCAGAAGUGUAACCAGACCCUGGAGACGGACAAAGAGCGGGCGUACUUCAUCGGAGUGUUGGACAUCGCUGGCUUCGAGAUCUUCGAGUUAAACAGCUUCGAGCAGCUGUGCAUCAACUAUACCAACGAAAAGCUGCAGCAGUUUUUCAACCACCACAUGUUCGUACAAGAACAGGAGGAGUACAAGCAAGAACAGAUUGAGUGGGAGUUCGUGGACUUCGGCAUGGACUUGCAGGCUUGUUUGGAUCUUAUCGAGAAGAAAAUGGGCAUCCUGUCCAUGCUCGAGGAAGAGUGCGUCAUGCCCAAGGCCUCUGACAAGACUUAUCUGGACAAAAUGAACGGCCAACAUCUGGGCAAGAACCCCAAAUACGGCAAGCCGAAGCCAAGCAAGAAGAAGUACGAGGCCCACUUCGAGCUGGGUCACUACGCAGGGCCUGUCGGGUACAACGUCACAGCCUGGCUGGAGAAGAACAAGGACCCCGUCAACGAGACGGCCGUCAAGGUCUUCAAGGCGUCCAAGAACGCGCUCCUGAGCCACAUCUGGUCUGACUAUCUCACCGCAGAGGAGCAGGCUGAGCAAAAGGGCGGCAAGAAGAAGAAGGGAGGCUCCUUCAUGACCGUGUCUGCUGUGCACAGGGAACAACUGGAUCACCUGAUGCACACCUUGCACGAGACCUACCCGCACUUUGUGCGCUGCAUCAUCCCCAACGAGGUCAAAACCGGCGGCAUCAUCGACGGGCCUCUGGUCUACAACCAGCUGACGUGUAACGGUGUGCUGGAGGGCAUCCGUAUCUGCCAGAAGGGCUUCCCCAACAAGCAGAUCUUCUCCGAUUUGGUGGAGAGAUACCGAAUCCUGGCAGCUUCUGUCUUUGCGGAUGGCACCUUCAUUGAGGGAAAAGAGGCCUCUAGGCUGCUUCUUGAAGCCACGGGGCUCCCGAAAGCCUCAUAUGGCAUUGGUCUCACCAAAGUGUUCUUCAAGGCUGGAACUCUGGCCAAGCUUGAGGAGUUGCGUGAGGAUAAAAUCAACGCCACCAUCACCGGAAUACAGUCUGUUAUCCGCGGCAGGAAGCAGAGGCAGAUCUUCGAGAAGCUAUAUGCAGGAAGACAAGCCUGUGACAUCAUCCAACGCAACAUCCGGUCGUUCUUCAAGCUGCGCCAUGACGGCUGGUACAAGAUGUAUGGAGCCAUCAAGCCGCAGCUCACCGGCGCCAAGGCUGAGGAGAUGCUGGAGGUCAAGACCAAGGAACUGGAGGAAGCAUCCAAAGCUCUGGAGACCAAACGAAAGCAGAGGGAUGUCCUCGAGAAGCAGAUCAACGAUAUUCUUGCCGAAAAGGAAGAUAUCCAAAACCUGCUUUCUUCGGUAAUAUAG